AUUUCGGUCAACACUUGGAUUAGCUCCUUUUCUAAGUCGCGGUAGUCUCUCUUAUGAUCCAAGAAGGUACAAAGAGAAGGAGAGCUGAAUAAAUAAUUUUUAAAUUAAAUUAUUAGAAAGCUUAGCGUAAGCAUUGGUGAAAGCAAUCCUUGGAUUCGACCUCGACGUCGUCGUCUAAGCGUGCUUCGCGCUCGUCUAGCCGCGAGAAUACAGCGUCUUCUUCGGCCGUUGUAUUUCCGAUCGCAGCGUCUUCAAUGCGGUACGGAUCGUUGAUCGGUACGCGAACAGUCCUUUCGCGGUUUCGUGACCCUUGAAGGAUAAAGAGAAAAGAGGAGAGAGAUGACGAGGGAGCCAUGAGCACCGCGGACACCGCGCUGUCAAUCUCGAUCAAGAUGGCCCCAGGGCCGGAACAUCGUCAGGAACCGGUAGCUCCUGACAAAAUCACUGAAAGCGACCGUGCCGCCGACGCCGCCGUCGCUGCCGCAGCUGCUGCCGAUGUAGUUAUCGAUAUAGAGACCGUCAACGCCGUAUCGACGUCCGGUAGCAGCAACAGCAACAAUAAUAACGACGACAAUAAUAACGUCGCCGUUGCCGCCGUCGCCGUCAUCGCCGCAGAGCAAAGUUCGAACAUCGAGAUUGCUCCGGCUAAUUUUGCCGCUGGCGCCGCCGAUUCGAUCAGCCAAAGCUCACCGCUGAACAGCGGCGCCGACAGCAAACAGGAAGAAUCGACAACCCUGUCUAUGCUAAAUGAUAAACAGUUACGCGAUUUACUGGAUGAAGCUAUAACGUACAAGUGUCCAAAAGAUCGGGAAGGAAAGUCUAAGAUUUUUAAAGAACUUUUGUUAAAAGCAGAAGCGGAUGAUGAGAAAGGCCGUAGAGUGAUACCUAAUUCACGCUGUUUUUCGGGCUCAAAUCGUAAAAGACAGAAAGGGGAGUAUUAUGUGUCCGAGACAGAUUUGACACAUGUCACAUCAUUGCAAGAGUUAGCACGUUCGGAAUUUGACCAUUCGUUUAAUUGCGGAAAGGAUAGAAGCAAGAACAAAAAGCAAAACCCAGGACCCAGUGUCUCUGCUAGACAGAGAGAAGGUGGAUCGUUACCGUCAAAUGUAAAUGCAUCGCAUAACCUUGCUUCUUUGGCUAAUUUAGAUCUAAUAUUUGAUAAAAAGAAGAGCUUCUGUGAGGAACGGCCAGCUUAUGAUUGGACCAAUAAGGAAAAAUCCAAGUCUUUAGAUAAACCGUCAUAUAUUAGUACAAAGAAAGAAGAAAAAGAGAAAGAAAAAAAGGAACUGAAAAGAGACACUGCUAAUAGUUCAGGUGAGGCAGAGUCCGAAACACGAGAGAAACGAAUUAGCAAAGGAAAAUUCGGAACAAAUGAGAUGCUGGAAUCAGAUAAUCCACCUCCUGAAUAUAAAUCGGAUUACAUGGUCAUCGACUUAGGCGAUGUUGAGGUAGGUGCUAUUAGUGAAAGAAAUGUGGGGUCUACUGCGAGUGGGAUUCAAAGACCUCGCUCGUUAGACACUGAAAAUGACGAAGGGACUGAAUUGAAAAUUAUUGAACCCCGCAAACCGAUCCAACAAUAUGUCACACGGGCAUCUUUCGAUAUAGGAGGACAGACAUCUGUGGACACCACUAUAGAGUUUCCUAUACGUGAUCAUAAGCAAGAGAAAUCAAAAAUGUCUGUUAAUGGUACAGAAGUGACUGGGGCAUUGUUUCAACCACACAACAGUGUAAAAUGUGGUAUAGGUGGGGCUUCAAAUGGUUCCAGUACUAGCCAAAGCAAAAUCGUACCCAGUUUAUGCUCCGUGAUGCCGGCGUCUUGGCAAACGCAGAAUAUAACAAUGGAAGGUCCAAGGUAUACAACGCAGCACAUCACGAUGAAGGAUCCAUCCGUGUCGGGAGAAAAGAAAUCAUUGGAUGAAAAUGGAAACGCUGUACAGCCCUAUAAUGGUGAACGGAAGAAGCCCAGAAGGAAACAUACUCAAGAACACAAUGUCAAAGUUUAUAAUGCCGAAAAUGUCGAAGGUCAUCGUAACGAGGAUAUCGACAGUCUAAUUAACUUCAUUGAGAAUAAAGAAUCCAAGAACAAAAAAGGAAAGACUGGUAAUCCCGUUAGAGUGAAAACUAGUUCUGGCACAAAACCGAGAACUAGAGAGAAGGAUACAAAGAGAGAACAAUUGCCUUCUAAGUUAAAGAAGUCUAAUUCCUUAGAAGAAAUCUCGAAAACAAAAUUAGAGGAUCUCACGACGGAAAAGAGUCCCAGUUCCAGUGGUGCCAGCAGCGUAUCCAGUCAACACGGAGUAAAUAUAGCACUGCGACGUCCAAAACAAAGGAGCACCGGAGAUGCGACAGUCGAUAGUCGAGGCGACAGACGAUCCUGGGGGACAGAGGAAGGUCAAUCGAUAUAUUGCAACGAUACAGGGGAGGAUUACAUGAGUCGUCGUAAUUCCAAUAAAAAGAUUAAUCCGGAACCGGAACAUGAGACGGAGUUUCUGGUAGUUACGAAAAAGAAAAAGAGCAAAAAACAAAGAAGAAGCUCCAGUGGCAGUAGGGCGCAAAACCUAACAACAUCGGGAUCGUAUCUCCAAAAUUCCAGAGGAUUCUCUAACGACUACAGGACACCUCUUUCUCCUGAACUUCGAAGAAAAUCGGCUAGCAGUAUGCCUCCGAGCGACAAGUCGGCGGAUAGUAGCGAUUUGGAUUCAGUCCAUUCGUUGCCGGUUACAUCGAAUACUUCGAAGCAUAAUUUGUCUAAAGUCGCAACAUCGUCGGGUGGCACUCCGCAAGCGAGUUACGCUGAUAUAGCACGCAUGGCUACUAUCAACAUGCCACAUAAUCUGACUAUGUCCGCUAUGCUAAAUACGUCAUCGUGGCCCAGUGUUCCGCCUAAGACUUUUUCGGAACCGGAUAAAGUGCCUCAAGAUUAUUAUCCGAGUUUAGAUGAAUUGCAGCAUCCGGAGAGAAAAGCGAGACAGCAACAGACACAAUCGAACCAUGCAGCAGCGAGUUUGAGUCUGGCUUUCGAAAAACCACUUUCGCCAACUCUGACGAAAAUGAAAAAUUCGUCAGAUAGAAAGAAAGCCGAAGCUCAGGAAGAGGCCAUCAAUAAGAAUAUCCAAGUCUUUAAAUAUGUGCAAGAUAUUGAGAAAAUGCAUGAAAGCCUAACGCAAGCAACAGACCAGAAGGAACAGAAGAACGUGACUUCUAGCAAUUACAGCUCGAAUUCAAACGAGACUAUCAUGACAAACACUGUAAUACCAAAAUAUAAUAAUAAUGGUACAACGAUGAAUUAUAAUCCAGUCGAUACUGAUAACAAUCCUAAUUGUACCGUCAACAAUAAAGAUUCUGUUACGCUUCCGAGAGCCAAUAAUCCUCGCUCUCGUAGGAAUUACGUACACAGUAAUCAAAAUGUACAAACUCAGGGAUCGCACGAAGAGCAACACAUUAAAAAGUCCGCGUCUUCUUAUAACGAGGAGGCAAUUAAGAAAUCGCAUAACACUGACACUGCGCAGUCUGAAAACAAGGCUAGUCCAACAAUCGUGCCGCAUGACUGCGCGGAUGCGCAAAAGUUGAAGACUGCGAAACCCAUGCAGGAUUCGCAGAGCGGCGAGCCCGAAUCUAGCAACAAUAAGAUGACCAGCGGUGAUUCGAGGUCAGCGAGAGUCACGAAAGAGUAUCAGAAUACCGCGAUAAAACACGAUGCGACAAAAGUGGGAAUCUGUCAAUCGCAAAACUCGAAACAAGACAAUCAACAGCGCGAUGAGGCGGAUAACAAGAAGACAAAGUCACACAACACGCAGCCCGAUAAAGAUCAAUCGCAAAGACCAUCCGUGGAAACGCAGCAGAUAAAAAAUUCGACUCCUAGACCUGCAGUGAUCCUUUUGGACGAAACAUCCUCUGACAUCGCGAAGAACAACAAUCUGCCGACGGAGCUCACGUUUGGUUUUGAAAUAAACGAGCUGUUACUUUCGGAAGAUAACGGUAACGAGGAAACCCCAACAAUCGCGGCGAAUCCUGUUUUUUCCCCGACCGUACCGCCGCUCGUCAACAAACCGCCGCCCAACAAUUUCGAGAGGAAUCCGCCAUUGUUCACCGAAAAACCUGUGAGAUACGACAAGUUCUCAAAUUAUCACAUGCAACAACCAAACGCUCACGUAACACCGGCGAACGUGCAUCCAGUCAUGGUGCAACCGUUGCCGUACAUGGGCUAUCCCACAAGAUUUGCGCCUCCCACAUAUCUGCCACCACCGCCUCCACCGCCACCCGGAAUCAUAGAGAAAUUUCAUCCACCUAAGGAAGAUUUCUCGAUGCUUUACGUAGCACCCGAGGAAGAGUUGAAUGUGCAGACGUACAAUCAUGAUAAGAUCGUGUCGUUUGUUGGCUUAGCAUGGGACGCUGUCAUGAAAGAAAUGCCAGUGACAACCGGUCGUAUACAGUUCUAUAGCGGACAGUGAAGUGAGAAAGUUUUCACCAUGUCGAAGGAAAUAGACAAUGAUAGUAACUUUUGUACUGGUAAACCACUUCCAUUGCAAAUAGUUCAAUGAGUCUCGAUCACGUUGAUACGCGAGACCAAAUACUUGUAUGUGUUGCGUACACGGUUGCUCCUCUCGAGACGUAAAGUUUGUUCAAAGGAUUAUCUGUCUUACUUUGAGUCAAACGCGCAAGAUUGAUGGAGCCGAGUGGUGCAAAGUGUGCCUCAAGAGAUAAUAAUAGCAAUGUACAUAUAUAACCAGUUGACAGGAGAAUAUAGAAGGAUAAAGUAUAUAUUCCAGCAAUGUACAUUGUACUUGCAUAAAUUUCCAACGAUUGUGACGGUGUCGCAGAACUUCAGUAUUGACAAUUAGAAACUUUUGGUCAAAAAAUAUCUCUCUUAAAAAGAAAGAAAGAGAGAAAGAGAUAUAUCCUGUUUCUUUGAAUAAAGGGAACUUCCAGCGUGUCAAUACAAGUCACGCGUGUAUAUACGUUAGACAUCUCUAUAAAUUUUCGAAGAUCGUCUUGGUUUAUAUGAGUGUACGAUUUUAAGAAGUGCUUAAAAGAUAAUGCUAUAAAGACUUAUAACAAUCAGGUCUACCUAAAGCGAGUCUUAAAUGGGAAAAGUCGAACAGCAUCAACGGCAGUACCUCCUGGUGCCUUUGGAGCUGCGAAUUUUCAGGCGAAUCAAUGGGGAAGUAUCGAAGAAAUCUGCACUAAUCACAUCGAGAAAUCUAUGUGAAGUACUGUAAAACAUCUGUAAGUAGUUUCGAACUGAUUUCGACUAAUUUCAAACUCGUAAACUGAUGAAACGAUUUAAGAUGAGACGAUCUUAUAAUCUUAAAUCGAUCAUCAUGGAAGAUUA